AUGGACUUUCACUUUUCACUCGACGACGUGUCCCAAUACACCAAACGCCUCGGACCGGCCCAUAUCGAUUUUCGCGUAUGGCCUCCUCCACCUGACAAAAACUCAGUGUGGUAUAACGCGCGUACAGACGAUAACGAUCGUACUGACGCGACAGAAUAUGGACGAUCGGUCAUGAGCACGCAGAAGAUAAAUUCAGGCAAGGUGGUAAUCCAAGAAUAUCCCCAGAUUAAACAAUUGGACAAUGCCAAUGUUCUUCACCGCUGCUCGCAAUGUUUUCGCCGUAGUGCCGACUUCAAGUGUCGUACCAGCAAUUGCCCUUGGGCUUUGCACUAUUGCUCGAAAAAGUGCGAGGCGCGACACUGGUCGUCUGUGCAUCGUUGGCUCUGUCGCUUUCCUGAACUGUCUAAAUAUAAUGAUAUGACCCACGACAAUCUCAAGUCCCAUACUGGAGAGACGCCCAUGAUGUUGGCAGCCUAUUUCUUUAGUAACCAGUCAAGGAUCCCGUCGCUUGUUUCCAACCUAAGCAAACACUCGGUAUUGGACAAGAAGAGAUAUCGCGACAAGGCCCGGAUGGUGGCAGUUGUGCUUAACCUUACGCGUGACAAUGUCGUGGACGAGCUCAUGGAGAUCCAAGCCCAGAUACGCUGUAACACAAUAGCUAUUCGCGAAACCGACGCGGACUGGGGUGUCAACAUGUUGCUAGGAAAAGCAAUCUAUCUUUCUGCGAGCAUGCUCAAUCAUAGCUGUGAUCCCAACGCAAUUGCGUUUUUUGGCAAAGACCCUGGCCACGAUCCAUGCUUGCUGCGUAUCAGAGCAUCAAGAGAUAUCCCAGCUCAGCAGCAAGUUUGCAUUAGUUAUGGAUUCACUGCAAUGAAGCACGAGAAAGGAGCCCGCAGAAACUCGCUAAGAUCGCGUUAUUUCUUCAACUGCAAAUGUGAAGCAUGUCAAAGUGGAAAUGUGGAGAAUCCAGCCACGCAUAUGUAUCAGUGCCAAAACUGUGCAACUGGACGGCUUGCUCACGGCGAGGAUUUCUGCAAGCGUUGCAACCGCCGUAUCGAUUGGAUGACGAUAGCCAGGGUCGAACAAAAAGCGGAUGAGUUGGUUGAAGAAGGACAGCUUGUUGAGGCCUUGAAUCUACAGGACAUGAUCUACCAUAAAUCGGCACUGCGAUGGGGUGAAGCAAUGGACAGGUUGGGACAAGGAUAUGCACAACGAGGGAACUAUGAAAAGGCUGCGCAAUGUGUCACGGCAUCCCUCAAGGCAGUGGGUGAUACUUUUGGUCCUACGAGCAUUGAAACAUCGCGUGAGUUGCUUAAGCUCGCAACACUGUUGUUUAACGGACAUAUCAUCGACAAUGCGAAAGAGACAGUGGCAGAGGCUAUCCGUGUUUACAAGGCACUUGGGUUGGAUGAGCAAAACGGCAGCGAGUUCAAAGAGCUACAACAGAUGCAGAGUACGCUCAAACACGUCGAUCCAUCACCGUUAGUGGCUGACGCCGCUCUCAGCACAACCAGUAGUGCCACAAAUUCCAUCACAGCAGACACCACAGCCACCAGCACCAAGAAGAAAAAGAAAAAGAAAUGAGUUUUG